AUGGACGACCCCAACCCAGAGGAGCCGCCACCAUCGUACCAGUCAACACCUACUACACCUAUCGCUGCUCCUUCUGCUCUCAACCUGCGCCACGGCAGCAGUACACAGUCUCAACAGCUGCCACGAUUAGCUGUAAAUGCGGACAUCCCGCUUAGUUUUGACUGCCAAUGGAGAGCUUAUUUUGACAAAUCAGCUGGGUCAAUACGUACUCAGUUAUCCGGAGCUCAUACCUUACUUUGGAGAACCAAUGAGGCCAAGUACAGCGUACUCAAAGGAUGGGUAGAUGAUGUCAUUGUAAAGCAGCACCCAGCCGUCAAGCAGUACGACCUACAGGCUAUCGUCUACCCAGCAGGUCAGCAAGCACGCUUCAAGAAAGUAGAGAGCUUUCAUAAAGUAGUCCACCCUGAUCGGAGUAUGCUCGUGGUGACGGAGCUGAUGAAGAAGCUUGGUUAUGAGCAUCCAGGCAAGGAGAUAGCAGUGGACUUUGAGCUCACUGUAGUACUGGCUACUCCACCUGCACCAGUUAUUCCUACUGGCAGCAGUAUUCAACGCCAAUCUGCCACAGUUGGGCCGAGGAUAGUUGACUUGUUGGCCACUGAGGGACCUCGAACUGGGGUCACAAACCACUGGAGAUAUUGCUCUCCAUACUGCCGCAACUAUCAACUCACCUGCUGGGUUGACCUCUAG